AUGAGACUCCCAACAGCCGUUCUCGUCUUAAUCUUUGCCGCUUUGAUUGAGGCCAUCCCAAUCAAGUACAACACCAAGAAGAACAUCAUCUUCAUGGUUUCCGAUGGUAUGGGUCUCUCCGCCAUGACCACCGCCCGUCAGUUCAUCGAGACCAGGGACAACUUGACCUAUGAGCAGGCCAGCUUGGAGAUGGAGAACUACUUGAUUGGUUCUGUCCGUACUCAGUCCUCCUCCACCUUGAUUACCGACUCCGCUGCAGCAGGUUCUGCAAUCGCUAACGGUGUCAAGACCUACAACGGUGCGAUCUCUGUGGACCCAGAAGGGAACCCAAGAGGUACCUUCUACGAAGGUGCUAAGCUUCUCAACUACAGUACCGGUAUCGUCUCAACAACCUUUGUUCAAGACGCCACCAUCUGUACGCCAAACACCCACGUCUUGUCUAGAAGAUACUACGACCUGAUCGCUGAGCAACAGUUGGGUUACGGCCAUCCAUUGGGCCAGACCAUGGACAUUGUUAUGGGUGGUGGUAGACAGUACUUGCACGGUGUCAACUCGACUCAAUACCAAACCAAGGGUAAAAGAUCUGAUGGUGUUGACUACAUCCAAAAGGCCCAAGAUGAUGGCUGGACUUACAUCGGUGACAGAGAGUCCUUCGAUGAGCUCUACGACGAUGAGUCUGAUGAGGCCCAAUUGCCAUUGUUGGCCAUUUUCGGUGCUAACAGUUUGCCAAUGGAGAUGGACAGAAACGCCACUGAAGUCCCAUCUUUGACCGAAAUGUCCCUUUUGGCCAUCGACCAGCUUGUCAAGGCUACUGAGAACUCCACCACUGGUUUCGUCUUGUUGUUGGAAGGUGCCAGAAUUGACCACGCUGGUCACGCCAAUGACCCAAGAGCCAUUGUCGAUGAUACUGUUGCCCAUGCUGACGCUUUCAAGGCCGUCAUUGACCGUGUCUCUCAAUUGGACACUGAGACCAUCGUCGUCUCUACUUCUGACCACGAAUGUGGUGGUCUUGGUCUUGGUUACAACGGUGACUACGAAUGGUGGCCAGAAAACUUGCUCGGGAUCACCACCUCCACCGAGUACGCCAUUAACCUCUUGGAUGCGUACGACGGUGCUAACGAAACCAAGGCCGAGUGGUUCAGAACUGAGGUGUUGGAAGGUCAGAUGAACUUCACCAACUACACCAGUGAGGAGAUUGAUGAGGUUCUUGCCUCCGACUCCCCACAAGUGUCUCUUGCCCACUUGGUUUCUAGAGCUGCCAACUUGGGCUGGACCUCCACUGCCCACACUCAACAAGACGUUCCACUGUACGCAUGGGCCAACACCGAGGGCGCAUACUUGAGAACCCUUGCUGCUCUUGGUUCUUCCAUCGAAAACACCGAGAUCCCAGAGUUCUUUGCCAGAGAGCUGGGUGUUGAUUUGGAUGAGGUCACUGAAUUGAUCAAGGACAUCCAAACCAGUCCAGACAACUAGUCCUUGAGGCUAUGCUGAUACC